CUCCAAUGAGGAGAUGGGAGUUGGAAGGGAACAUCAUGAUGGUACCGGACAGCAGUCUCUAUCGCAGCAGUCAGAAAGGGCUGCAGACUCGUAUACUGGGCAUGCUCACCUUUUUUCAGAAGGAGGCGCUUCUGGGGAAGAAAGAAACACUUUGGGAAGUGAUGAAAGGGAUCAUGAACAAGGUACUCAAGAGACUGCUCGUCACGACCUUCGAGCCGUGCUAGCGGGAUCGACCCGAAAUUUGAGGCUGGCAACCAAUUUCGAGUAUACGGCCUUUCCUCCGGAUUGGGCUGGGGUCGCCCGUCAGCAUGCUACACCUCAUCAUGGGGCACAACGAGAUGUUCGCACAGCCAGAGGUGGAGGAGGAGAUAAGAACUAUGCUGAUAUGCGUUCAUCUUCUGGCCGCCAAACUAAAGAUGCGCACCACGGAGCAACAGGGAAAACUCCGCGUCAACAUCACGUUGCCACCUCGUCCGAUAAGA